GAAAUGGAUGAAAGGCGGUUCCGCGAACACGGCCCUGCACGGCUGGCGGGUUCCUCUCCCUCCCUCCCCUCCCUCCCGGGAGGGCUUCGCAGCCGCUAUGGGCAUAGCUAUUUAUACUUUCUCUCUCGCUGGUUUUAGCCCCCCCUCCCCCUCCCGCCCCGCCUGGCCGCUAUCGGAAGAGUGAUGUGAAUACAAUGCGAUUCCAGGAAUCCCUCACUUCCUGGAACAGAUUAAAAGGGGCAAACAAAAGAUUACUCAGUAGGGUGGUGGUUUCUUUUUUCUCCGCGGAGCUUCAUUAGUUGUAGAGGCAGGGGGAAAGGCGGUCGCUGCUCUGCCGGCUCUACUCCCGCACGCCCGGCGGGAUUAUUUGUUGAUACCUACUGCAGAGAGCUCGGAUUUUUUUUCCUCUUUCUUCCCAAAAGGCUGAAGGAAGAUCAGUUCCUCUCUAGAUAGAUGUCAUUUCCCUUUGGUUAUUUUUAAAACUAUUUGUUGUCGCAGUGUGAAAAGCAGAAGGACAAGACUCUUUCCUGAGGCACUGAAGGGCACACCUUUUCCUGGCCAAAGUUGCCGAACAACCUGCAAAGUCGCUCUUGGAUAGCCCCACUCGCCUGCUGCUGGGCUGCUUCUGGCUCUGGAACACGGCUCUGCGGGGCUCUCCAGCCUUCUCUCGCCGACAACCCCAACCUAGAGGCUGGAAUUAGCUUGCUCCUUCUGGGACGCGAGAGAAAAGGGAGACGAGAAGAGACAAAAGAGGAGAAAGCGCUUCCCACCUUCUUGAAGACUUAAUGCUUUUCCCUUGGUCCAGGAGUGACAUGAUCCUCUGUGUUCAGGGACCUCAUCCUUUGCUGGCAGAGGAAAAGCUCGGGAGACUGUCACCCAGGGGCAUUGAGGUGGAGCUUUCGGAGCCGAUCAUGCAGCCCCUCCCAGUUAUGGCCUUCCAGGAGGAGUCUGCACCUGCCUUUGCAACACCAGCUGCGGACAGCAACCCAUCUCAGACACGAGAUCCUGAAGAAGACCUUCUCUGCAUUGCAAAAACCUUCUCCUACCUGCGAGAAUCCGGUUGGUACUGGGGAUCCAUCACCGCCAGUGAGGCCAAGCAGCAUCUCCAAAAGAUGCCCGAGGGCACCUUCCUGGUACGAGACAGCACUCACCCCAGCUACCUGUUCACGCUCUCUGUCAAGACAAACCGAGGUCCCACCAACGUGCGCAUUGAGUACACUGACAGCAAGUUCCGGCUAGACUCAAACUACUUGUCCAAACCUCGCAUCCUGGCCUUCCCAGAUGUAGUCAGUCUUAUCCAGCAUUACGUCCUGUCCUGCACAACGGAGAGCAAGAACGAUGCUCCUUACCCGCCUCCAUCUCCUCUACCUCCCAUGCAAAAAGAGAUGGCAGCAGCUGCAGUACACUUGAAACUCAUCCGGCCGCUGGGCCGCAAAGACAACGUCCCCAGCCUGCAGCACCUGUGCCGGCUACAGAUUAACAAGUCCACAGCUGACGUGGACCAGCUCCCUCUGCCCAGGCGGAUGGGGGACUAUUUGAAGCAAUACCCUUUCCAGCUCUGAAGCACAGCCAUCAUACCUCAGACACAACACAGACAGAAACAAGUGAACUUUGUGUCUUUUUCCCACUAAAGCAUGGCAUCGGGUGGGUGCAGCAAGGACCUGAUUAUCAGCAGGGACUGCAUCCAUCUUUCCUCUCCCUUUUCUCCAAAUCCAUUCCAGCCAGGGAAGAGUUGGUUGUUUCAGUGAACAGUGGGACACAAUCUGAGCUCUGAACCUCAGGCUGCGCCGGCAGUGGCUGUGAGAAAGUGCUGUAGGCAUGUGCACACUACUUGAAUUUCAGAGCUGCUGUGACAUCAGAAAUGUUAAUAUAGUUAUUUUUGCUAUUUAUUUCCAUGGCAGUUUCUCUCCUCAUAGUAUUUUAAAAGCACCUUUUAUUUUAUGGGGUUUUGUUUCUUUUUCUUUCGUGGAAUUAGAGGUAGAAUAAAGGUUCCCAGCCAACUGGCAGCCAAAAAUCUGUGGGAAUUUGGAUUUGGAUUCACAUCCAUGUAAUACCUGCUGGAGCCUGUCCCUGUAACAGGUCACAGCACUCCACAUCCAAAGCUCCCCCAGACUUUUUGGGCUAUGUGGGAUUCAGAUGACUGUAUCUAGACCCACCUCUACAGAGGUAAAGACAUUUCUUUUUCCUUUUUUUCCCCCCCCUUCCUUAGGUACAGGGAGCUGAGUGUCACAAUCUCAAAGCACAUUGGUAGCUGCUUAUGCAUCUCCCAGACAUGCAUGCUGCACCAUAGGUUGUGAACAGGAGGCUUCUCUGAGAAAGCCCUUCUGCCAUGAAAGCUCCAAGCAGAGAUUCUAGAUACUGAGCUUGGGCCAGGGAACACUCACCCUCUUUUUUACACCUUCCCCAUCUCCAAAGGAAGUCUGAAGUCUGUGACAAAACAUUUAGAAAUAAGUAAUAAGAACCUAAGCUUCACUUGCAGGCAGAGAGAUUUGGUUUCAGAGCACUCUGCAUUUGGCUUGUGGUUUGAAUGCUGUUCCCUGACACUGCCCUUGUCUUGUGAGAUGUGGGGCAAUAACAGGGUCUCCUUAACAAGGGGUUCAGAGACAGCUCAGCUGAGCUGCACCAAAGUUGCACACAGCUUCAGGAUAUUUAUUUAUUUAUUUCAGGGGGUGGGUAACACGUUAAAAGCACCUCAGUAGAAAGAGCUGUCCUUCCUCUGCUAACACAAUGCCAAACUGCCAGUUGCUCUGCUUCUGCCAGCAUUACUCAGAAGCCACGUAGCUUCAAUCAGAGCUAGGCUUCUAACACACACUGGAAACCACAAUUCAACUUUUCUGUUUGCCAAGGUCCAGAUCUCUCCUCUGCCUUUCUCUGACUUGCAAGUUUGUUAACCUCAAUUAUUUUAUUUUUUUUGUUCUGGAUUUACUUCUCACAUCCCAUCCUUCUCACAUCCCUGCAAAUGAAGCACAAUGGCUCUCCCUUGCUUUUUUACAGAUGAAAGGGACAGGUUCCACCCAAAACCAAGCAUAGAUGACGUUGCCCCUUCCUUUUCAUUUCAUCACCUUCUCAGGCUGUAGGAGCCAGUCCAUACCACAGCGAUAGUGGAGAAGGGAACAGACAGGUCUAGAGAAAUUAUCCUUUGGCUCAUUUUGUCCCUAGGACUCCAAAACUUGAUCAAGUAUGAACCAAUGUGAAGAAUUUCUCAUUCAUCCCUUCCUGGGACUGUCUCUUAGCUAUAUCUGAGGGUUGACAAAGGAACUGGAAAAGGAUGGGAUGGUGACCCAGGCAACAAGCUCAAAAAAAUGGAUGGAGUUUGUUUCACUUAACUUAAAGCUGCCCAAUGGGACAAGGUGACCUGAUGUGCUUAGUCAGUGUCCUUUCCCCACCUGGCCUCCAUAUUUAUACAAGUUUGUGCUCCUGCCAGCUUUGUUUUUGAUACUUUGAUGAUUUGACAGUGUGCAUGUGUGAUGUCUGGCUUUUUAUUUUAUCUUCCCCCUUGCCCCAUAUGGCAGCAACUGUGGGAAGGUAAUGAAUAAGAAUGAAAACUUAGAAGGCAAAACGAAAACUACUUUUUCUCUUAAAUUAUAUAAACCACUGAAAAGGCUUCCUUUUAUCCAAACACCUCUCUGCCUGAGGACACUGGGAACAAGGAAACCAGAGCUCUUCAAGGAGCAGCAGUGAUCUCAGGAAGCCCACAUGGCUCAGCCACAGGCUUGGUAAUUUACAGCAUGUGAAAAAUCAGCUUGAGAAAUGUACAUUGGGAAAGGGCAAGUUGAUCAGCUCUCUCAAACUUGCCUCCUGCUUGAUCUUUGCUCUGUUGUGAGUAAUGAGGAAAUGAAGAUUGCAGUUUAGACCUCAUUGCUCCAGGAGAGCCCAGCUAAAACAGCAGACAUAUAAGGAGAAUGAAUGCUUGGUGAAUCCCCAGCAGGAUGAUGCUGAGGCUAAGCUGAAGGCUGUAAGCUCACAUGGGCAGGGACCACCUCUUACCUGUUCAGCAUCUAGCACAAUAGGUUCUCUAGGUGCUACUGCAAUACAACCAAUAAACAAUACAGUUACUCCAAAAA